UAGGCUAAGCAUGAUUCGUGGGUGUCAAACAGAAAAUAGUCACUUCGAAACAAUUGAAUAUUAUGAAAAAAUUAAUCGGUGUUCGUGAAAAUUGAGAUGAUGUUGUGUUCAUUCUGUAGGAAGACUUUAAUUUGAAUAGUCCUUUCAACAAACCGUCAAUGAGACAGUAGUAUAUCAGUCUUUUCCAGUGAUCGAAUCGAGACAAAAAUGAUGAAAUAUUGAAGACUAGUGUUUUUUUCUGGAAGUUCCAGGUGUAUACCUGGAGAUUGAAAGUUUUUCUUGAUGUUACGUGUAGUAAUUUUGGCAGCCUUUGUUUGUCUAGCAGUUGGACAGUCGAACAAUACCAAAUUUCCAUUUUGUAAAUUAUGCAAAUGUGAAACGGAUGACGACGUAUCUGCUAAUGUUACUUGUACUACGGAUCAAAGAAAUUAUAUCUUUGAAAAUAGCUUCUGGUUUAAUCAGAGCACUAAUGAAUCGUACGCCUACAAUGCUUUGAAUUUUCAGAAUAAUCAGUUUUUGAAUUUGUCUUACGUUUUUCCCAAAUCAAAUCUGACCUAUUUAGAUUUAUCUAAUAAUGCCAUCUAUCGAAUAAGUGAUGGUGUUUUUCAAAAUCUACAAAAGAUGAUCACCUUGAUACUGAGUUACAAUGGUUUGGAAAUGAUUCAUCCUGAUGCUUUUAAGGGAGUUUAUAUGGAAGGGAUGCUGAUGCCUCUCCGAAGUCUAAAAGAAAUUCGAUUGGAUCACAAUAAACUUCAUACUCUGAAUCAGGAUCUAUUUGAACAUUGCACCGACAUUGAAAUAUUGGAUCUUAGUCAUAAUCCAAUCGAAACCAUCGAUCAUCACACCUUAUUAGCCAUAGACAGUUUGCCCAACUUGAGAGAGUUAUAUCUGCAAUAUACUGAAAUCAACACGUUGCCAGAAAAUAUGCUGCACACCCCCAAAUAUCUCAGGAUUCUAGAUUUAUCUGGAAACACACGAAUAGAUAAAAUUCCAAACACCUUAAUUCAAGCACGUAGUUUGGAAAAAUUUUAUUUGAAUAAUACUGGUUUUGUUAAUUUAACUGAGGAUAACGGAUUUCCAGAAAUUCCAUCUCUGAAAACUCUGCACUUGUGCCGUAAUCAACAUUUGAGUGUUAUAGGCCAACACUCCUUGAGCAAGUUGACUGGUUUGGAAGAAUUGCGUCUCAGUUACAACAUUGAUUUGAGCAGUAUCCAUCCAAAGGCGUUAGCCAGAUCACUUAAUGGUGGCGCAGUAUGGCCACCAAUCAAAAAGUUCUAUAUUGAGUUCAACAAAAUUGCCUAUUUAGAUAGCGAUAUAUUAUCCAGAUGGGAUACUUUGAGUGGUCUAGAUAUAAGAGAAAAUCCGUGGACAUGUGAAUGCGAAAAUAGAUGGUUGAUAGAGGACCUGUUAGAAUAUUAUUUGAAAAUUGAUGAGGAAGGAGCAAAGAAAGUUAUGUGUGCUGCACCAAUUGAAAUGAAAUCCUUCAGUUUCUAUAAUUUGUAUGAGAAAAAAAGUCAUUUGAGGUGUUUAGAUUUAUAUGGUGCCAGGCCAGAAAGAGACGGUCCUAUGCUUGUUGGAAUAUUGGCAGGUAGGUACCUGGUUUGUAUUAUGGGAUGAUUCCACAUCCUAAAA